GCGGGGUGGAGGCGCGGCCCAACGGCUCCCGCGGCGGUUCGAACUCGGCGCAGCUGGGUUUCGCUUGUUCUUCGCUCUGUGUGUCUGAGACUUCGACAACGUGGCCUGGAGAGGGGCCCAGGCUCCCGAGCGCAGCAGAGUCGCGCGGCGCGCCGUGAUCUGGGGUGUCUAGCCCCAGCUGAACCCUGGGUGGUGAGCAAAAGCCUCUUGACCGGAAUCGGUGUAUUCUGAAGAUGUAUCUUUCUCUACCGAUGCUAGAGGGAGCCAGAGAUGAUGUUGAAUAGUGUGAAGCAGAAUGGGGACCUGAGUCACCAACUGUUUGGGGAAGUCUUCGAAUUUAAAGAGAAGCACAUUUGUGGAAACCAGCGGGAAAGCGGGUAGAAACAUUUAAAACAGCUCAUUCAAUUUCACGCCUCAACUUUUUCCAAAAUGGAAUCUCGUUCAUCAGACUACUAUAAUAAAGACAACGAGGAAGAAAGUUUGCUUGCAAACGUUGCUUCAUUAAGACAUGAACUAAAGAUAACAGAAUGGAGCUUGCAGAAUUUAGGGGAAGAGUUAUCCAGUGUUAGUCCAAGUGAAAAUUCUGAUUAUGUCUGCAAUCCUUCAAGAUCUGAAAGAUUUAUUUUGGACAAUCUCACUCAGCCUAGCCAUCUGGGACAUUUGAAUUACCCACCUUAUAAGAAAGUCUGUAAAACAUCUGGUAGUAGUGCUGAUUUUCAGAAAAAGCCAAGAGAUAAGGUAUCUUUUUCAUCUCCUUCUAUGGAUCAGGAAAUGCAAAGCCUUCGAGAGAAACUUAAUAAACUUAGGCAACAGAAUGCUUGUUUGGUCACACAGAAUCAUUCCUUAAUGAUUAAAAUGGAAUCUAUCCAUUUUGAAUUGACACAGUCAAAAGCAAAAAUAUCUAUUCUUGUGUCUGCUGAACAGCAGGCAGCCAACAUCCCAAUCUUAGAAGAGCAGAUUUUAAAUUUGGAAGCAGAAGUUUCAGCUCAAGAUAAAGUUUUGAGAGAGGCAGAAGAUAAAUUAGAGCAGAGCCAGAAGAUGGUGAUUGAAAAGGAACACAGUUUACAAGAGGCCAAAGAGGAAUGUAUAAAAUUAAAGGUGGACUUACUUGAAGAACGUAAACAAGGAAAAAGAGCUGAACGACAAAGGAAUGAAGCACUGUAUAAUGCUGAAGAGCUGAGUAAAGCUUUCCAGCAAUAUAAAGAAAAAAUGGCAGAAGAACUAGAAAAGGUUCAAGCUGAAGAAGAACUGUUAGAGAAAAAUCUUAAUAACUGUGAAAAAGAAAAUAAAAGGCUUCAAGAAAAGUGCAGUCUGUAUAAAAGUGAACUUGAAAUUCUGAAAGAUAAAUUCAGGCAGUUAAAAGAAGAAAAUAACAAUGGAAAAGAAAAAUUAAGGAUUAUGGCUCUGAAAAAUUCAGAAGUCAUAACACAGUUAACUGAGUCUAGACAAAGUAUCCUGAGGCUGGAGAGUGAGUUAGAGGACAAGGAUAAAAUACUGCGAGAAAAUUUUUCUCUACUAAAUGAAAACCGCGAAUUGAAGGUCCACAUUGCAACACAGAAUGAACGACUGGAUUUGUGUCAGCAGGAAAUUGAUAGUUCAAGGGUAGAACUGAGAGGUUUAGAAAAAAUGAUGUCCCAGUUGCCAUUAAAAAGAGAACUACUUGGUUUUAAAUCAUCUCUUUCCAAGCACCAGAUGAACAGUUUGUCAUCCAAGGAGGACAGUUUUAUCGACUGCUGUGAGGCAAAUAAAUUGAUGAUUUCAGAAUUGAGGAUUAAGCUUGCAAUAAAAGGGGCAGAAAUUCAAAAACUUCAUGCAAAUUUGACUGUGAAUCAGUUGUCUCAGAAUGUUGUAGCUUCUAAUGAGAGCCAAGAAGGCAGCAAAGUAAUUACCUUGGAAGCAGAACCUGUAAAACUAGGUGGUAGUCAAGCCGAAAGUAUGAAAGGUCGAAGUCAACAUACUGUGAAUAUGCAGUAUGAAAGAGAGAGGCAGAGACUUGCUGCUGGAGUAGAGGAACUGCGUGCAAAGCUCAUACAGAUAGAAGCCGAGAAUUCUGACUUGAAGGUUAACAUGGCUCACAGGACUAGUCAGUUUCAGCUGAUCCAAGAGGAACUGCUAGAGAAAGCUUCAAACACUACCAAACUAGAAAGUGAAAUGACAAAGAAAUGUUCUCAACUUUUAACUCUAGAGAAACAGCUGGAAGAAAAAAUAGUUGCGUAUUCAUCUAUUGCUGCAAAAAAUGCAGAACUUGAACAGGAGCUUAUGGAGAAGAAUGAAAAAAUAAGAAGUCUAGAAACCAAUAUCAAUACAGAACAUGAGAAAAUUUGUUUUGCUUUUGAAAAAGCAAAGAAAAUUCACCUUGAACAACAUAAAGAAAUGGAAAAACAGAUUGAACGACUUGAAACUCAACUAGAGAAAAAAGACCAACAAUUUAAAGAACAAGAAAAGACUAUGUCCAUGUUGCAACAAGAUAUAAUAUGUAAACAGCAUCACCUUGAAUCACUGGAUAGACUCUUGACGGAAAACAAAGUGGAAAUGGAAAAAGAAAACAUGAAGAAAGAUGAAGCUUUGAAAGCAUUGCAGAGCCAAGUAUCUGAAGAAACAGUCAAGGUCAGACAACUGGAUUCAGCAUUAGACAUUUGUAAAGAAGAACUUGCUUUGCAUUUGAAUCAGCUGGAGGGAAGUAAGGAAAAAUUUGAAAAACAGCUGAAGAAGAAAUUGGAAGAGGUAUAUUGUUUGCAGAAAGAGCUAAAGAUAAAGAAUCAUAGUCUUCAAGAGACUUGUGAGCAAAAUGCUAUUCUACAGCACACUCUUCAGCAACAGCAGCAAAUGUUACAGCAAGAGACGAUUAGAAACGGAGAGCUAGAAGAUAUUCAGACUAAACUUGAAAAACAGGUAUCAAAGCAGGAACAAGAGCUUCAAAAACAAAGGGAGAGCUCAGCCGAAAAGUUGAGGAAAAUGGAAGAGAAGUACAAAACAGCCACACAUGAUGCAGAUUUGAAAAGGCAAAAAAUUAUUGAGCUAACUAGUACUGCCAGACAAGUAAAACUUGAGAUGGAUCAGUACAAAGAGGAGCUGUCUAAAAUGGAGAAAGAAAUAAUGCACCUAAGACAGGAUGGAGAAAAUAAAUCAAUGCAUCUCUCUCAGUUAGAUAUGAUUUUAGAUCAAACAAAGACAGAACUAGAAAAGAAAACAAAUACAGUGAAGGAGUUAGAGAGGUUACAGCACCACACUGAGGCUGAGCUAACAGAGACCUUGCAGAAGCGGGAAGCACUAGAAACUGAACUACAGAAUACUCGUGGAGAAUUAAAAAGUACUUUAAGACAACUGCAGGAAUUGAGAGAUGUACUACAAAAAGCUCAAUUAUCAUUGGAGGAAAAGUACAGUACUAUAAAGGAUCUCACAGCUGAACUCAGAGAAUGCAAGAUGGAGAUUGAAAACAAGAAGCAAGAACUCAUUGAAAUCAAUCAGGCACUGAAGGAGAGAAACUGGGAGUUAAAGCAGAGAGCCGCUCAGGUUACACAUUUGGAUAUGACCAUUUGUGAGCACAGAGGAGAAAUGGAACAAAAAAUAAUUAAAUUAGAGGGUACUCUGGAGAAAUCAGAAUUUGAAGUUAAAGAAUGUAACAAACAGAUAGAAAGUUUAAAUGAAAAAUUACAAAAUUCCAAAGAACAGCUUCGAGAAAAAGAGUUUAUAAUGCUACAAAAUGAACAGGAGAUAAGUCAACUGAAGAAGGAAACUGAAAGAACACAACAAAGGAUCCAAGAAAUGGAAAGUGUCAUCAAAGAACAAGAGCAGUACAUUGCUACUCAGUACAAGGAGGCCCUCGAUUUGGGACGAGAAUUGAGGCUAGCCCAGGAGCAAACUCAGAGCUCUCAUUCAGAACUGGUAGAGGCUCGUCGCCAACAAGUCCAGGCACAGAGAGAAAUAGAACAGCUCUCUAGUGAACUGGAGGAUAUAAAACUGCUCUCUAAAGAAAAGGAAGCUCAUGGAAAUCAUUUAGCUGAAGAAUUGGGAGCUUCUCAAGUACGUGAAGCUCAUUUAGAAGCAAGAAUGCAAGCAGAAAUCAAAAAAUUAUCAACAGAAGUAGAAUCCCUCAAAGAAGCUUAUCGUCUAGAGGUGCUCUCACAUCAAGAGAACCAUGCAAAGUGGAAGAUUUCUGCUGACUCUCAAAAGACUUCUGUCCAGCAGCUAAAUGAGAAGCUAGAGAAAGCAAAACUGGAGCUGGAAGAAGCCCAGGACACAGUCAGCAGUCUACAGCAGCAAGUUCAAGACAGGAAUGAAGUCAUCGAAGCUGUGAAUGAAGCAUUGCUUAUUAAAGAAUCAGAAUUAACCAGAUUGCAAGCCAAAAUUUCUGGACAUGAAAACACAGAAGAUAACAACUUUCUACCAACCUCCUUUACACCUCUAACAGAAAUUAUGCCUGAUACUCAAGAUUCAAAGUUUACCAAACAUUCUCAGAUGUCUUUUAUCAAGUGCAGAAAACUACGUCACUCUAUUAGUGCCAGUGACCUUAGUUUCAAAAGUCGUGGUAAUGAGGAUCUCUCUGAAGAAUUGCUGCAGGACUUAAAGAAAAUGCAAUUAGAACAGCCUUUGACUUUCACCCAGACAGACUCAUUUAAACCUCUCACAUAUAACCUCAAAAAUGAUAGUCCUGAAAGUAAUGACUUUAACACUCUUAGUGGAAUGCUAAGAUACAUAAACAAAGAAGGGAGACUGUUAAAAAAGUCUUCUAUGCAUACAACUACUGGUUUAACUCAGGGAGAAAAUUUGUAAUUAAGAGAAGAUGUCGAUGUCAUGAAAAAUGGAAUUGUUGGUACUGUGCUGUGUUUAUUAUAUGUAGUGCAUAUUUAAUAGAAGCUGUUACUUUAUUGUUUUUUAAUAAAUUUUAUAUUUUAAUAUUUUUAAAGGAACUUCUAAAAUAUAUUUUUAGUGAA